CUGCUGCGGCCGCCUCGCCUCGCAUCUGCCCCCGCGGCCCGCGCCCACGCCCGCAGCGCCUCCGCUCUGCUCGCCCGCGCGCGCGCGCGCUCCACGCCCGCCGCGCGCCCCACCCGGGAUCGGGAUCGCUCGUCCGCCAUGGCGCCGUCUCUGCUCGGGGGGUUCACCAAGUCGCUGGCCAUGACGGUCCUCUCCGAGAUCGGGGACAAGACCUUCUUCGCCGCCGCGAUCCUGGCCAUGCGCCAUCCAAGGAAGCUCGUCCUGGCAGGCUGUUUGACUGCAUUGAUAGUGAUGACAGCUCUAUCAGCCUGUCUGGGUUGGUCUGCACCAAAUCUGAUAUCACGUAAAUGGACUCAUCAUGUGACCACUCUUCUGUUCUUUGGAUUUGGCAUUUGGUCAUUGUGGGAAGGCUUCAAAGAAGAUGGGGACUCGGAAGAAUUGGCUGAAGUGGAAGCAGAGCUGGAUGCUGCCUUUAAGAGUAACAAAGGUGAAUCAAAAAAUAAAUCUGAGGCAAACGAUGAUAUGAAGAAACAGCAAAGACCGUUUUUGAUGCAAUUCUUCUCACCAAUAUUUAUAAAGGCAUUUUCUAUUACAUUUUUCGGCGAGUGGGGUGACAAGAGCCAGAUUGCUACUAUUGGCUUGGCUGCUGAUGAAAACCCAUUUGGCGUUGUGAUCGGUGGAAUCAUAGCGCAAGCACUCUGCACUACUGCUGCUGUUCUUGGCGGAAAGAGCCUAGCCACACAGAUAUCUGAGAAGAUGGUGGAACUGUCAAGUGGAGUACUCUUCCUGCUAUUCGGCAUCAUGUCAUUGCUCUCAGGGCCAGAGGGAGAAUUGUAAUACCUCCUGGAAACCUUGUUCAGCAUGGGUGAUUCAUUAGUUUAGACAACAAAUUGUAAACAUUUUCACUCGCCGUUCAUAAAUAACUACGACAUGUUACUGAAAUCUGAAGCAAAUUGCAUUCUGUUGUGCCUAGUGCUUGAAAA